ACGGAUACUAAUGAGGAAUUUGUUAGUCAAGACUUUUUUAAAAAUUGGAAAUAAUUCUCUUGGUCUAGUAGUUUGAUUAAGAGAGAAUUUAUUAAAGUUAUACACCAACAAUUUGAAUUAAAAAACCUGUCGGGGUCCAUCCAUACACCAACAUAUAUAACAAAAUCUGAUAUUGUGGAUAUCCAAUUAAAUAGAUAUGAUGUAUGAUGUAAAGUACUCCCUCUAUUCCUAAAAGAUGCAUGUUCUAGAAAAAAAAUUUGUUUUAAAAAGAUAUAUUUUUUACUUUUUCAAUGUAUGAUUUUAUGAAAAAUUGUAAGUUUCAAAAAAAUUAAUGGUAUUUAUUGAAUUUUUAUUGGAUUAAAGUUAUGGAAAAUUGUUAUUCACAAAAAACAAUGCAUAUUUAAUGAAUUUUCUUAAUAUAUGUGAAAAGUUUAGAAUAUGCAUUUUUUAAAAACAGAGGGAGUAUAUUAUAUCUUUGGUUUUGUAACAAAAACUACCUAUUUACUAAUAUACACUUUGGAAGAUUAUCAUUAAGGUAAUUAAGCAACCAAUUAUUAUUUCCUCAAACUAAAUCGUACGAACAUGGAUUAAAUACUAUUGGAUUAAUUUUGUUUGUUGACAAAUUUUUAAAACUAAAAAUCUGUCGGGGUCCAUCCACAUUCCAGCUAAGGAGAGUAAGUACAAUAAGAACUGCGAACCACGUCAAACAAAUACGAGGAGGACCACCAUCUAUACGGCUUAACUAUGGACACGUGUCUAACAUACAUCGGCUUAGUAGCAUGCAUGUGGUCCGAAUCUAAAAAGAGAGCACAAGACUCGUGUGUUCGACUCUGAGUCUCUCACGUACACGUUUGUACACAACAAAGUUCGAACCAAAUCAGCAAAGCCUUUCUGUUAAGUUUCAGUUCUCUUUAUUGUAGCUUUUAUAUACAUUUCACGCUACAUCCAACGGCUAUUAUUCGUUAGAUCCUGUUGUUAUCGUCUAAUCAUUCACCAUUGACUCUAUUUCUCUCUAAACUAUAUAUGGGUCAUAGCUUAAGCCUUUAGAAAACCAUAAUGUUUAUUUAGUUCCAAAAUAUAUUCUGACGCAAAGUAAGAUCGUGCAACAAAAACCUAGGGGACUAUUUAAGGUUUUUAAAAGGGUUUAAUAUGUUUCUGUAAAGAUGAUCGAUCGACCCACGUAUAUAUAUGACCUAUCUAAUUAACAUCUUUUUUUUAACAUCAACAAAAAUAUACUUUUGUAGUUAACGUAUAUUUAGUUUAACAUAUAAUAGAUAUAGGGGAUGCUAGUUGUUUUCUUCAUUAAUUUAUUUUUCUUGCAAAGUUGUCACAUAGCAAGCAAGGGAUAUUUUAUCAGAUAAUAUAUGUAUAGCUAUAUGCAUAUCGACGAUAUCUUCUUUUAUAAUAUACUUAAGUAAUGAGCUUGUUGUAUAUAGAUUUUGGAUUCGAAUUAGAUAAUGUAUAAAUAAUAUGUACAUGUUGGAUUGGAUCAUCCAAAAACAUAUAUACCAUACUCCUUUGAGUUGUGCGUGUGUGCUAAAUCAAAGGUAUUAAUUCUUAUUUUAUUUGUAUUUGUAUUUUGAUAAAGGUGAAAAGGUGAAAAAAAUAGACGUAAGGAAGUGAAACUGCCUCGUGCAUAUGAGAAAAAGGACGUGAGACAACUAAAGGUAAAAGGUAAGUGAGAGUCACCGAAGAGUCAUGCCAUCUCCAUGUGUUCACAUUCCACUUUAUCAUUUAUCUCCAUCGUUUCUACAUUAUUGUCUCCACAUUUUUGAUCAACUACGUUCUUUUCUUCUAAGAACCUUCAAUUGCUUGACUGCAACAGAAAAUGCAGUCAUCUUUUGCAAUUAUAUAUGAAUAUAUGAUACUUAACUUAGGCCAAAUAUGAAAAUGUAAAAUAAAAGUCCAGAUCAGUCUAGGCAAAAAAGAAUCUCUACCAUCAACUAGACAAGUAAUUAGUAAUUUAGUAUUCGCCAAUAUUGUAUUCUUGGGAAUAAAAACAAUCAUAAGUUUGUUGAGUUUGUGUGCCAGACAUGGGUCCAAGUUUGUGAAAUCCUACUUGUAUAUUAAUUUAAUCCAUUAACUAGUACCACCUGCAUUUAUCUAUAAUACACAAGCACAAACAUGAGACAUAACAUAAAUAUUUAGUAUUAUGUAAAGUAUAAAAUAUGCCUUAUUAAAGAAGUUACAACAUGAUAAUUUGAUUAGUGGGAGAAGACCAAUGCGCUUAAAGAUAUUUUAUGUCUUGUGUUGAGGCAUACUUAUAUAUCUUUCUUAUAGUAACUACAUGUAAUUAGUUAAUCCAACUAGCUUCUUUUGAGUUUUGUUAAUCCAACUAGUUUCUUUUGAAUUUACAUGAUGGCUAUAAAGUUAUAAAAAUAUUAACGAAGUUCCCAUUUUAUUAUUCACAUACGUCUAGUUCAUGUAUACACUUUCCACAUAUAAAAUCAUUUAAAUUGAAGAAUAAUGAUUUUAAAUUUUUUUUUUUGUUCUUACUAAUCAUUUCCAAUUUCCUCCUAUAUAACCUUGACAUAUCUCCACUUACUAUCAUAUUCACCAACUCCAUCUUUCUCUCUUCUAACAAUAAACCCUAAUAACUCCAAAAAUGGAAGCCACCAUCUUCAAGAAAACAAGGAGCUCAUCAUCAACCCUAGCGAUGCAUAAACAGUCAUACUCAAUAACCAAAACAAAGCCAAAGAUCCGUAUAAUUCAUAUAUAUGCACCUGAGAUCAUCAAGACCGACGUUGCCAACUUCAGAGAGCUCGUCCAAAGCCUCACAGGCAAACCAGAAGACCAUGGCGUUUCCAAAACAAAACCAAGAAGAGGUACUCGUGGUCAAGUCCAAGACAUGAUCAACAAGGAGAAGCUAAGGGAAGCCGAGCGUUGUGAUGAUCAAGGGUUCUGCUCAAACUCAGAGAUGGAAGAGAUGUCGAUGACUUGGCACGGUGGUAAUAACUGUGGUGAGAGCUCAGGAGGGUUCUUGAAUGGUUUUGGAGAUUUUGGAGGGUUUAUUCAAGAACUUGGUGAAUUCCCCUAUUUGCCCUUGUCUUCCAUGGAUGCUUCUGCUUCUUCUAACUCGUCUUCUUCCUCGCAUUUACAUGGUGGAUCAAUUUUCUCAGAUUCUCAUCACCAAUUCUAACUCUUGUCUCUUGAACAAAAGAGUUUUUUUUUCUUUAUAAAUGGUGUCUAUUAUUUUCUUUAUUAGAUUUUUGUGGAAAUAAAUUUUAUUUGUAUUUGUUUAUUACAAUUAAUUGAUUUUAUGUAAAGCUUAAACUCCUUUAGUUUCGCCCUUGAUGUCUUAUGAUUUGUUCAUAGUGUUAAAGACACUUCACUACCCCUCUGUUUAUAAAUUAAGCAAAAUAUUUAUAUUUACACAUUAAAAAUUGGUUAAAAAUAAUGUAUUCUUUUGUGAUUUAAUUAUUUUCCAUAAGAAUUAGUAGUAUUUGAAUAAUUAUAAUCACUUUUUGAAGUUUACCAUAAUCAACUAGUAUAAAUAGUAUAGAAAGUGUAAAAUAUACAUCUAGAAAUGAAGGAGGGCAUUUAACCUUUAAUUUCGUUUCUCAAAAUGUUAAAUAAUGGAUAAUGACACGACAUCUCUGUGUCCGGAGAGAUAGAGUAAGUUGUAUUCAGUUUGUUUGACAUUUACAGACAUAAACAAAGGAACAUAAGGACCUGUUCUUUAUUUAACUGUUGUAUUCAACAUUCUCUACAACGCUGGAUGAAGACGAUGUUUCAACCCUCGUUAGAACUUCAGGCACUCCCAAGGUAUCUCUUACAAU